CUCUAAUCCCCAAACUAUCCCUUUCUCUCUCUCUCUGUCUCUUCCUUUCUCUCUCUUUUUAUAUCUUUUGUAAUAAUAACAACUGCUAGAAUUAAGAACCACAACACUACCUUUUGAGUUCGGAGCACAAUAAGGGAAGAAUAUGUGCCACGCUUUGCGUUGUUGAUAUAUAGCCCAACCAAUGGCGGAGGAGAAAAGACAAGAGCAAGUAGCGAACCCCAACAACUCAUCAUCCACCACCAUGCCAUUUUCCGAUCAGAUUCCCAACAACAACAACUCCAUCAUGAUGACUUUCCCUUUCCAACAACCAUCCACCAUCUUCGACCUCAUGAUGAUGCCUUCUUCUUCUUCCUUCAUGGACCUGCUCGCCGUGCAGGACUACAACGUGCCGUUAUUCGAUUGGCUCCCCGCCGGUGUCGCACACCAUCCUUCGCCGUCUCCGGCCAGCUCCAACGUCCCCGACUCCUCCGAGGUGCUCAACACGCCGGCGUCGCCUAAUUUUUCGUCGAUUUCCUCGUCGUCGAAUGAGGCUACGGUCAAUAACAACUCCGAACAACAGAGUGGGAAAGAAUUACAAGAAGAAGAAGGUGGUAAUGGAGGCAGAGGAGAUAACCAAGAUCAAGACAAGACUAAGAAACAGCUAAAAGCGAAGAAGAAGAAGAAGAAGAACCAAAAGAAGCAAAGAGAACCAAGAUUCGCGUUCAUGACAAAGAGCGAGGUUGAUCACCUAGACGAUGGUUAUAAGUGGCGCAAGUACGGCCAAAAAGCUGUGAAAAACAGCCCUUAUCCAAGGAGCUACUACCGUUGCACCAGCGCGGGUUGCGGCGUUAAGAAGCGCGUGGAGCGGUCCUCCGAAGACCCUUCCAUGGUGGUGACAACCUACGAGGGUCAGCACACGCACCCGUGCCCUGCUUCGGCUCGGUCUAGCCUUGGCUUCGUGACCCAACCUGCUGCGUUCGGUCCCUCACACUUUAUGCUGCCACAUCAAGCACAAGCUUCGGCUUUGAGUGUUGUUAGCUCCAGUAGUAACUACAUCAAUACGACAUCGUUUGGUGGGUUUGUUCAGGAUCACUCGACCCGUCGUGGUUUUGGACAUGAGGCUUUGUUGAGGGACAAUGGGCUGCUUCAGGACAUUAUUGUCCCAACUCAGGUGACCAAGGAGGAGAUGGAUUGAAUUGAACCAUGGGAGAUUAAUUAGUUGAUAUUUGACGAAUUUUGGUCCUGUUUAUAUUUAUUUGGUUGGGGAAAUUGCUGAUAAAUGAUAAUACUAAUUACUAUAUUGAUUGGUUUUAUUAUGGUCUCUCUCUGUAUUCACUGCAGCUAAUUGGUAUGGAUUGUAAUGCCCUCUAACUCGAUUGGAGAUGGGUCUCAACGGUUUUAAUUUUUGUUUUAGAGGUUACUGUGGAGCAAAUUGAAAUACCUCAGCUACAUUUGAGAUCAUAUGAAACCUUAUGGAGGUUCACUUUUAAAAUGACUAUUUCCCUUUGUAGCUUAUGCAUGGCCUAAGGUUCUGAUUUUGUUAAUUUAAUUAUUAUUAUUAUUUUUCCUUUCCUUAAUUAUAUGUAUGAGAUAUUCUUUGUAACUAGAGAUUUGUUGGAUGAUCCGACAUUUGAUGUUUUAAUCUUUUUUGUUCA